AUGCUGGAGUGGCCAUUUGCCCUGCAAACUCAGUUCUCUGAUGGGUCCAAGAAAAGCCAGUGCUUUUCAAUUUGUCCAGCUUUCUCUUGGAAGGACAGGAAUGACUACUUCCAAACUCUGUGUGUGCCAGAGCUAAAACCACAGAUUUGUUCUGGUGGAUUUUUUUUUCGGUGCGAGGCUAUUGAAGAGUUUUUGACAGAAGAGCUUUUGAUCUUAAAGUCCACAGGGAACACUUCCCACGUUAGAAACAUGAGUGUCCAUAGACAAAGCAGGCCAGGACAGUUUGGGUUUUGGAGUCAUAUGGACCUGGAUUGGAAUCCAAGUGGUAUAACCCUGAGCCUGCUUAAUCUCACCACACUCAUUUUUUUUCUUCUAUAA